AUGUCUGGUUUGCUUUACCAGCUCUUGCUUAAUUGUCAAAAAUUCGAUAUCUUAGUGGAAAACCUUGGGACAACUUCACUACAAACAUAUAAUAGAUUUGAAAUGGGGGAUAAGCUUGAUGUAUUGAUAGAAUGGCUAGCAUCGUCUAACGAAUUUUACUUGUCAGAGAACGUUACUGUUGUGGAAACCAAAGGUUCUGGAAGAGGCUUGCGGCUUCGAAGUAGAGAGAUAAAAUGUCAUCAAGCGGUAAUAUCCGUACCCGAAUCUCGUCAACUUAACUUUCACACAGUUCUUAAACAUCUUGCGAUGUUCAACAAGCACUUGAAAGAUAUGGGUGGUAUUUAUGACUCGGAAGUGACGGAUUUGGUGGAUCAUGACGAUCCGCGAUUUAUGGCUUAUGGCAUAUUUGACCAGGAUUCCGUAAUGAAACUUACUUCAUUUCAGCUUUUAACGCUUUACAUUCUUUUCGAAUGGGUGAUCUUGAGUCAUUGGAACUUCAGGGGAAUUGUAUCGUUUUGGCAACCUUUUUUCAACGUUUUCCCAGAAGAUGGAGAUUUUCGUUCAAUUCCAUGCCGCUGGCUAUGUGAUAGCGACUCUCAACACAGAACGCUUUUUAAUAAACUACCGAAAGCUACUCAAGAUCACGCGUUUAGGAUCAAAACUUUGCUGGAGAAUGAUUGGCACGUUUUACUGCCUUACCUGUUGAAAUGGCAAAAGCUCUUCACCGAGAAUGGAAGUCCAGUUUUCACGCUAGAUGAGACUUACGAACGAUUCCUGCACAUAUAUUUUAUCAUAAACUCCCGCUGUCUGUAUAUGGACAUCUCGGAAAAAUCAGAUGCUGCGGACAAAUUCACCAUGGUGCCAUUUGUUGAUUUUCUGAACCAUGCUCCUGAGGUCAAUAAAUUCUGCCAACCGCGUCAGAAUUCUCGGAAGCUAAAGAAUUCCGCGUUUAUUAUAGAAUGUGGCCCUUAUGCUUACAGAAAUUUACAUGAGGAACUUUUCUUGAACUACGGUGCUCACUCAAAUGACUUUUUGAUGAAUGAGUAUGGGUUCGUUUUGAAAGAAAAUAAUUGGAAUUAUCUCGAUGUGACGGCGGACGUCGAGACUUUAGUCAUCGACAAAGAAUACAAGGAUUUUUUGAUUGAAAAGGAUUACUGGGGUGACCUCACAAUAGCUUUUGAAUUUAUAAGUUUCCGCCUACUUGUUACCGUAGCGUUAUUGGCUUCAAAAGAUGUGCGAAAAGUAGAAAAAUUCAUUUUAGGAUUUAUCGGGGAGGACUCGUUUCAGCCAGGCUUGAAUGCAGUGCUGCACCAGUUAUUGUGCAGUUUAAAUGAGCAGGUGGUCAAAAAAAGGGAGGAUAUCAAAACGCUGUCACAAUGCGAUGAGUGGUGUUUAGAGAACGUUUUGACCAUCUACCAAGGAUAUGAAAAGAUUAUUAUACAUCAUUUGGAGUCGAGACGGCCUUGA